CCAAGUCUCUCUUAGUGAGAUUUGACUGUCUGCAACCAUGAGAGCUUCUCUACUCUUCCUGGCACUGUUUGUGGGCUCCAGCCUGGCGCUGGACUGCCAAGAGAUUGACGGGCGCCUCAAACAGAUCGACGUCAGCAACGGGCAGGUGUUCGGCGUGAACAGCGAAGGCUUGAUCUUCACUCGUUAUGGAAAAAACUGGGUGCAGCUCCCAGGGGCCCUCAAACACGUGACCGUGGGGCCCGCUGGAGUCUGGGGGGUCAACAAGGAAGAUCUUAUCUACAAGUUGGUUGGGGGAGACUGGAAACAAGUUCAAGGUCUACUGAAGCAGAUUGAUGCAGGAGGCAACCAGUUUGUCGCUGGAGUCAACAUGCAGGACAACAUCUACUGCCUGAAUCGUGAUCCCACGGUGACCACGUCAGGCGGCGAGGCCUCCAUUCCCUGGAACUUGCUUCCCGGGGCCCUCAAGUACUACUCAUGUGGCCCUUACAGCUGCUGGGGGGUGAACGCCGCUGACCAGAUCUUUGUGAUGAAGGGGGUGACCCCAGACGCCUGCAUGGGCAGCAAGGCGUGGCAGCAGGUCCCCGGAGCGCUGUCCAUGAUCGAGGUGUCCACCGAUGGCAGGGUGUUCGGGGUCAACUCUGCUGGGAAAGUGUACCGCAGGGACGGGGUUACCGUCAGUAAUCCUGCUGGCACCGACUGGACCGAUCUGGCCAUGUGCGUUAAAAGCAAACAUGUGUCGUAUGACCUGGGUGUGCUCUGGUUGAUCAGCAAAGACGACAAUAUCCUAGCCUGCCACUAAAACUCCUCGAUAGCCAAGCAGCUUGCAUUGCAACCCCUGUACGUUGCCUUGGAUAAUGGUGUCUGCCAAAUAAAUAAGUAAAUAAAUAACACAACUACAUUUUCACAAAUCUCCGAUUGCUUUGCUCAUCACUAUUUUGCUUCACAGACUCCUUUUUUUAUGCAUAGUCUGGACUUUACUGUUCUCUCUAUGGAACAGCAGCCUUUUGAGUUUCUUUUAAGCUUCUUCCUGUUCAACAAAUGCCAUUUUAUAGAAA